ACUAGUAGCAGAGCGAGUGACACCUGUUGUGUUCUCCUUUCGUGUUGGGUCUCGUCCUCAUCUUUUCUUUUGAGAGGAGAAUCGGUCACUCUUUUCAGAAAUCUUUUCCCCCUUUUUUCCCCCAUUGAUUCCCCGAAAAUGUUCAUCGAGAGCUUUAAGGUUGAGAGCCCCAAUGUCCAGUACGCUGACGGGGAGAUUCACUCCGUCUACAGCUAUGAAACCACUGAGCUUGUUCAUGAGAACAGGAAUGGCGCUUACCAGUGGGUUGUCAAGCCCAAGACUGUCAAAUAUGAAUUCAAAACUGAUACCCAUGUCCCCAAACUUGGGGUUAUGCUGGUCGGUUGGGGAGGAAACAAUGGGGCGACCCUGACUGGUGGUGUCAUUGCUAACCGAGAGGGGAUUUCGUGGGCUACCAAGGAUAAGGUGCAGCAAGCCAAUUACUUUGGUUCCCUCACCCAAGCUUCUUCAAUCAGAGUUGGGUCUUUCAAUGGAGAAGAGAUCUAUGCCCCUUUCAAGAGCCUUCUCCCCAUGGUGAACCCAGAUGAUGUUGUGUUUGGGGGAUGGGACAUUAGCAGCAUGAACCUUGCAGACGCCAUGGCAAGAGCCAAGGUUUUUGAUAUUGAUCUUCAAAAGCAGCUGAGGCCCUACAUGGAGUCCAUGGUCCCUCUCCCUGGAAUCUUUGAUCCAGAUUUCAUUGCUGCCAACCAAGGCUCACGUGCCAACAACGUGAUCAAAGGAACCAAGAAACAACAAGUUGAACAGGUCAUCAAGGACAUCAAGGAGUUUAAGGAGAAGAGCAAGGUAGACAAGGUUGUUGUCCUGUGGACUGCCAACACAGAGAGAUACAGUAAUGUGGUUGUUGGGCUUAAUGAUACUGUGGAAAACCUCUUGGCUGCUUUGGACAGAAAUGAGGCUGAGAUCUCUCCCUCUACCCUCUAUGCCAUAGCCUGUGUUAUGGAGAAUGUUCCUUUCAUCAAUGGCAGCCCACAGAACACUUUUGUCCCAGGGCUCAUUGAUUUGGCCAUCAGGAGGAACAGUUUGAUUGGUGGAGAUGACUUCAAGAGUGGUCAGACCAAGAUGAAAUCAGUCCUGGUUGAUUUCCUAGUUGGAGCUGGUAUCAAGCCAACAUCCAUUGUCAGCUACAACCAUUUGGGCAACAAUGAUGGCAUGAACCUAUCUGCCCCUCAAACUUUCCGCUCCAAGGAGAUCUCGAAAAGCAAUGUUGUUGAUGACAUGGUGGCUAGCAAUGGCAUCCUCUAUGAACCCGGUGAACAUCCUGACCAUGUUGUCGUGAUCAAGUACGUGCCAUACGUGGGAGACAGCAAGCGUGCAAUGGAUGAGUACACAUCCGAGAUUUUCAUGGGCGGCAAGAGCACCAUAGUUCUUCACAACACUUGUGAGGAUUCACUCCUCGCAGCUCCCAUCAUCUUGGAUUUGGUCCUCCUCGCUGAGCUCAGCACCCGCAUCCAGCUCAAAUCCGAGGAAGAGGCAAAGUUCCACUCUUUCCACCCCGUGGCUACGAUUCUCAGUUACCUCACCAAAGCUCCUUUGGUACCACCAGGCACGCCAGUGGUGAAUGCGCUGUCGAAGCAGCGUGCAAUGCUGGAGAACAUAAUGAGGGCUUGUGUCGGGCUGGCGCCAGAGAACAACAUGAUCUUAGAGUACAAGUGAAAGUCUCUGAAAGUUGUGAAGUGUAGAUAGGGAAGAAUGAGAGUUUACUUCCCUUUGUUUUUAGUUUUGUCUACUCUUUUUCUUAGUAGAACAACCUUGUCAUGUGUGUUCAUGCUUUUAAGUGUACUAUUCUGGGAGUCCAAGGCAGAGGUUUUCUGUCUUUAAUCAUAUUCAGGCUCUCUGUUAGUUUGUGUAAACAAUUGUUGCUUUAGCUCAUUUUGAGAGCAGGCAACCCUUUUAAUAUUGGAAAAUAGUACGGAGUAAAUAUAUUUUUAAAUA